AUGUCUUUAUUCCAUCAUCUUGUUGUAUCUCGUUCUCUUCCAGUAUGGCUUUCAUUUUGUCUCAUCUUCUUGGUAUUACUCGCGAGACCUCAAAAGGAAGCUUUACAAGUUAAAGUGGGAAUUGUUCUUGACACUAAUGUGACAUUAGCAGAUUUGAGCUUACGAGCUAUCAACAUGUCUCUGUCGGAAUUCUAUAAUACUCAUAAUGGCUUCAAGACAAGGAUUGUCCUCGACAUCCGAGAUUCCAAACGAACUGUUGUUGGUGCCGCAGCUUCAGCUUUAUACUUGAUAAAGAAGAGGGAAGUGGUGGCCAUUGUUGGACCAGGGAAUUCAAUGCAAGCUCCAUUUUUGAUCAAUCUGGGAAAUCAGUCCCAAGUUCCCAUAAUCUCAUUCUCUGCAACAAGCCCGCUUCUCGAUUCCCUCCGUAGUCCAUAUUUCAUCAGAGCCACACACGACGACUCAUCUCAAGUUAACGCCAUUAGUGCCAUCAUAGAGUCAUUUAGAUGGAGAGAAGUUGUGCCUAUUUAUGUAGACAAUGAGUUUGGAGAAGGUAUUCUUCCUUACUUAGUUGAUGCUUUUCAAGAGAUCAACGUUCGUAUCCGAUACCGAAGUGCCAUAUCAUUGCAUUCCUCUGAUGAUGGAAUCAAGAAAGAGCUUUACAAACUAAUGACUAUGCCCACUAGGGUUUUUAUCGUGCACAUGUUGCCUGAUCUCGGGUCGAGGCUAAUCUCCAUAGCUAAAGAGAUUGGAAUGAUCAGUAAAGGAUAUGUAUGGAUUGUUACAAAUGGUAUAGCUGAUCUCAUGAGUUUAAUGGGCGAAUCAAGCUUGGAGGAUAUGCAUGGUGUUUUGGGUGUCAAGACAUAUUUUUCAAGAUCAAAAGAGCUAAUGUAUUUUACUACUCGUUGGCGAAAAAGAUUUGGAGGAGAAGAGCUAAACAAUUUUGAAUGUUGGGCUUAUGAUGCUGCCACAGCACUUGCAAUGUCCAUUGAGGAGAUCAGUAACGUAAACAUAAGUUUCAAUAAGACCAAAAUAAACACUUCAAGAGAAGAUAUAGGCACUGACCUUGAUGAUCUCCACGUUGCUCUCUCUGGUCCCAAGCUUCUUCAAGCAUUGACAACAGUCAGUUUCAAAGGUGUUGCCGGGAGAUUUCAGCUGAAAAACGGAAAACUAGAGGCCAAGACUUUCAAGAUAAUCAAUAUAGAGGAAACUGGAGAAAGAACUGUUGGCUUUUGGCGAUCAGAAGUAGGAUUAGUGAAGAGCCUAAGAGUGAAUCAAACAGGAAUUAAAAUAUCAGACAGCCUAAGAACGAUAACAUGGCCGGGGGACACUACUUUUGUACCCAAAGGAUGGGAAUUGCCAACAAAUGCAAAGAAGCUGCGAAUAGCAGUUCCAAAGAAGGAUGGUUUCAACAAUUUUGUCAAGGUAACAAAGGAUGAAAACACUAAUGCUCUAACAAUCACCGGCUUUUGCAUAGAUGUUUUCGACAACGUAAUGAGACAAAUGCCAUAUGCUGUCCCCUAUGAGUACAUCCCCUUUGAAACCCCUGAUGGAAAAUCUCGUGGAAGUUACGACGAAAUGAUUUAUAAUGUGUUUCUUGGGGAGUUUGAUGGAGCAGUAGGGGAUACCACAAUCUUAGCUAAUCGGUCGCAUUAUGUCGAUUUCGCAUUGCCAUACUCGGAGACUGGUAUUGUAGUCGUGGUGCCGGUCAAGGAUGAGAGAGAAAAAGGAGAAUGGGUCUUCUUGAAGCCUCUAACAAAGGAGCUCUGGUUUCUCACAAGUGCUGCUUUUCUCUAUAUUGGAAUCAUGGUUUGGAUUUUUGAGUAUCAAGCAAAUGAUGAUUUUAAGGGACAGACGAUACUUGAUCAAGUAUCUGAUGUGUUCUACUUCUCAUUUUCGACUCUCUUUUUCGCACACAGGAAGCCAUCAGAGAGCGUUUUCACAAGGUUUCUUGCUGUGGUUUGGUGCUUUGUGGUGCUUAUUCUGACUCAGAGCUAUACAGCAACAUUGACAUCGAUGCUGACGGUUCAAGAACUUCGACCAACAGUGAGACACAUGGAUGAUCUGAGGAAGAGCGGAGUGAACAUUGGAUAUCAGACUGGUUCCUUUACAUUCGAAAGGCUGAAACAAAUGCGUUUCGAUGAAUCCAGGUUGAAGACGUAUAACUCUCCUGAAGAAAUGCGUGAACUUUUUCUUAAAAAGAGCAGCAAUGGUGGUAUUGAUGCUGCAUUCGACGAAGUCGCAUAUGUCAAGCUUUUCAUGGCUAAAUAUUGCUCAGAAUAUUCCAUUAUUGAGCCUACCUUUAAGGCUGAUGGCUUUGGAUUUGCCUUUCCCUUGGGAUCUCCGUUGGUGUCAGAUAUUUCAAAACAGAUCUUGAACAUAACGGAGGGAGAGACCAUGAAAGCUAUAGAGAACAAGUGGUUGCUUAAUGAAAAACGAUGUCUGGACUCAACCACAUCGGAUUCACCAAUCCAGCUCGAUCACCACAGCUUUGAAGCCCUAUUUCUGAUCGUCGCUGUUGUUUCUAUGCUUUUACUCUUAGGCAUGUUGGCUUCUAGAAGAUACCAAGAAAGACAACCCGCCGAUAUGAACUCUCCGCCAAGAGAUGAUGAUGACAUGCGGACACCAACUAGUCCCCCAAGUAAUGAUGAGAUCAGGACUCCAACAAGUCUGCCAAGUGAAGAUCAAGUCCAUGAGCCACCUGCAAUGAACCAAGGCCAAGCCGAUGCACCAGAUGCUCAAGAUCAGCUUCUGAAUGAUGAAGGUAGUAAUGUCGGAGAUCGAAAUACUAUUGUGGGAGACCCAGCUUUGUUUCAUCGUAGACAUUUGACGACUUCAAAGAGUAUACCCUUCGGAAGAAUUGCGCUGCCGUCGAGGAUUAAAUCCGCAUAGGCUCUGAUCAUGGUCCUUUUGAAUGUGCCGAAUAUAUUUUAAACAAAUUUUCUUGGUGAAAUCUAAGAAAACGGAAAAUCUUCGUUACUGUUACGGUUUUACUUCCGGCGUGCCUAUAAACAAAAAAAAAAAAUUGUAUCCUAAAAUAACCAUAGACAAAGAUAUUGGUAAUUUGGUAUA